AUGGCAUAUUCAAGAGAUGGUGAAGAGCUGAGUCCAGCUGGAAGGUUGUUUCAUUCACCAUCCUUUAACUGUUAUGUGAUUGCCAUCCUUGGUUGCAAGACAAACAUGAAUGUUCAAGUUAUUAAAGAAGGUUUAUGUCACACUCUUCUUAAGCAUCCUAGGUUCACCAGCAUACCUGUUAAGAAAGGAAGAAAAACAAGAUGGACAAAAACAACAAUUGACUUAGACAACCACAUCAUAGUACCACAAAUAGAUUCCAAACCAGACCACCCAGAUAGAUUUGUUGAGGACUACAUUUCAAAUUUUACCAAAACACCACUAGACAUAUCCAAACCACUAUGGGAACUUCACCUCCUGAACAUCAAAACCUCAACUGCAGAAUCAGUUGGAAUAUUCAGAAUCCACCAUUCACUUGGUGACGGCUCACAUGGGGUUGAGCUCAAUACCAAGAAAUUUGUUCAUCGGACAGUUAGUAUGGAUGACAUUAAACUCGUCAAGACUGAAAUGAAAACGACCAUCAAUGAUGUUGUGUUGGGGUUAGCACAAGCUGGUAUCACUCGUUACUUGGAUCGAGAAUAUGGUGUGGAACAUAAAAAUGAUAAUACCACAACGCGGAGAAAAAGUAAUAUCCCCAACAACAUUCGCCUCCGGGCUUCGAUUCUUAUUAACAUUAGACCUUCUCCCGGAAUUCAGGAUUUAGCAGAUAUGAUGGCUGAGAAAGGAAAAGCCAAAUGGGGUAACAAAAUGGGAUACGUAACUUGUCCUUUUAAUACUACCUUACAAGAAGAUCCAUUGGAAUAUGUUCGUCAAGCUAAGGCCACAAUUGACAGAAAAAAACACUCAUUGGAAGCUAUUUGCUCUUAUGCUUGUGCAAAAUUGGCUCUCAAUUUAUUUGGAGCUAAGGUUGCUGGUGCUAUAACAAGAAGAGUUUUAGUUCACACUACUAUAGCCUUUUCUAAUGUGGCUGGUCCAGUGGAAGAAAUUAGCUUUUAUGGACAUCCUGUUGCAUACAUUGUUCCAAGUGUAUAUGGACAUCCACAUGCACUAACCAUUCACUUUCAAAGUUAUGCUAAUCAGAUGACAAUUUCUCUGGCAGUGGAUCCAACCAUCAUUCCAAAUCCUUACCUCCUAUGUGAUGAUUUAGAAGAAUCACUCAAACUCAUUUGUGAUAAUGUUGUUAAGAAAAAGCACAUUGCUGAAAUUAUUUAA